AGUAUCACACAACAUAAUUCUACGUAAGGUGUACUACUGAAGCAGUUUAUUGAUACUACAAUGAAGCUCCUGCUGCUCCUACCUCUAGUGGGCGUGGCCCUGGCCUACACGGACAUGAACGACAACUUCAUCGUGGACACCAUGAUGCAGGACCCGGCCAAGGCUCGGAAGGAGACGCAGGAGCUCACCGCGUGUCUGUUGGACGAGGGCCCGUGCGAGGGUUUCAAUGCGGCCGCUAAGAAUCACAUGGUAUUGACCAUGUCGGAUGCCUGCGGCGAAUGCGAUAUGAUGCAGAAGCGCGGAGCCGUGAAGUUCCUGACCAUGAUGAAGAAGGAGUUCCCCCAGCAGUGGGAGAAGUUCGAGAAGAGAUACGACCCCACCAGGACCAACUUCGACAAGUUUGUGCAGAAACUGAGCGUUUAUAAAGACGACUAG